ACAAGGUUGAAUAAAUUAUUGAUAAUCCAAAAUAUGUAUUAAUAACGAUACCAUUGUAUUAAUUACAGAAGUAAAGUUUUUAAGUUUUAUAGAUUAUUAUUGUUAACAAGAAACUCGGUACACUCCAAUCUUAUUAUUAAUUAAAAUAUUUACUCGUCGUAAUUUUAAUCGUCAUAUUAGCAAUGGGAAGUCCUGAACGAGAAUUAUGCCCGCCUCCUUCAGAAGAGGAUGAGCUCACAUUACCGAGAGCUAGUAUAAACAAAAUGAUUAAGGAGCUAGUACCCUCUGUUCGAGUUGCAUUUGAAUCCAGAGAAUUAAUUUUAAAUUGUUGUACAGAAUUUAUUCAUCUUAUAAGUUCUGAAGCGAAUGAAGUCUGCAACCAAAGCAACAAAAAAACAAUCAAUGCUGAACAUGUACUAACAGCUCUGGAUAGACUAGGUUUCAGUGAUUAUACUGUUGAAGCAGAAGCAGUCUUAAAAGAUUGUAAAGCUGUUGCUGCUAAAAGAAGAAGACAAAGUACAAGAUUAGAAAACCUAGGAAUACCAGAAGAAGAAUUAUUAAGACAACAGCAAGAAUUAUUUGCAAAGGCAAGGGAAGAACAGGCAAAACAGGAACAGCAGCAAUGGUUGCUGUUGCAGCAGCAGGGGCUGGCGGGUGCUGAAGGCAUCACCAACCCGUACGUCCCCCCACCUUCUGGACUAAAACACGAUGAGGAUGAAGAUGAUGAUUACUCCUAAAUUGGAUGCCUGUAUUUAGUAAUUUCUUAUUUAAAUAUGUAUAUUUAAAUAAAUUAUAUGAACUUUUGUAACUUA